CUUCGCCCACGCUGGCACCUCCAAGACUCUGGCAAGCCCUCCUGAUCCCCCAUUUCCCUCUCUCCACCUUGCAUGUGAAGAAAGAGUGCGGCGUUACGUCAGCCCGGUGCGGCGCAAAAGAGAGAGCGCGUCUUCGGAGCUAUUCGUAAAGGCGCCGCUGCCAAACCUUUUUACCGCAACCAAUGCGCAUUGACAAUUUAAAUGCGGCGUCACUAUGCGGUAAGUCAACUAUCCAAUUCCUGCUGUUUUGACACGUCUGUGAGAUUAAUUAACGCGCCAAAGUGGAAAACAAAAAAAAAACGCGCACCAUGAUGACACCAUGAAGCAAGCAGCAGAGGAGACUUUUGGCGCACGGAGCUUUCUGCGGCAUUUCUCGGUGUUUGGUUCUUUGCUGAUCUGAAAAACAACAUGCCUCACGCUCGAAAUAGGAACCCCAGCCCCAUCCCCGAGGUAACAUGGGACACGGGCUUGAAGGAGAUGAACGAGACGUGGAAAGGAGCGAUAGCGUGUCUCGGCGUGGCUGUCUUCUUCGUCAUGACCAUCGGGAUCAUAUACUGGCAAGUGGUGGACCAGCCCAACAAGAACUGGAUCCUGAAGGGGACUCUGAGUGGACUCAUCUGGGAGAGAAGGACCCACUCGUUAGUCAUCCAGACCCUGACUGAGGACAAGACCUAUGUGGAGAUUGACGUGGGGAACGUGGGGAACCCGGACCUGGAGGUCCCUUUCGUCAGGAACCUGUGCUGGCUCAACAAGACCGAGUUCUGCUACACGUGGGACUCGGUAGCCGAGAUCAAGAUCUCCGUGGACGUGAACGAGGACACGGAGACCGAGUGCUACAGCAUGACUUGGACGCCGGUGCACUGCCAUGUGCGGCUCAAGGACUGCUUCUCCAUGACAAACAUAUCCUGGUACGGUGGCGCCAGUGUGCGUGGUCAAACGUGGCCUAUCAACGAUGAGAACGCCACCAUGCAGCCCUUCGUUGUGAGUGAUCUCAAGGAGAAUCCCUCAGGCUUCGGCUCGGCCUUGGAGCGCUACUUCCUCGGCUCAUCGGGUGUUGCAGUGUUGGUGUCCCCAGAUCUCCCUCUGCAGUUGGGGGUGGACAGCAGACAACAAUUCUGCCUGCAGUCCCUCCCCAGUAUGGAUCUCCUCCCGUUACAGUACACGGUUUGCGUGGCCAACAAUGUGAAGGCCGUCCACCAGGAAGCAGUGCAGCAGCUCUCCCAGGUCAAUAGGGAGAUACCCAACAUGAAUGCUUUGUGGCUGCCGUUCUGGAAGCUACUCAGCAAUGUGGAUUCGGGACAGAAGGUGGAGAGAGAAUUGAGGACCUUCUCUAAUCGUCUUAGAAGACACCAGCUAGGGGAGGGCAUUAUCAGCCUUAAUGAACAUUCCACCAACCUCCUCUCUGAAAUGGACCAUGACUACCUCAACAGCAGGAAGAGGGGGACGUCCAAGAGACUCACCAGGGACCUCCCACUUGUCAAGCUUCUAAACAUUUCCGUCACUCUGUCCCCUUUCCUGAGCGUGGAUACCACGCAGUUCCAUACAUCCCUCAUGGAUGGCACCGAGGCCUUCUGGCUUAGUCUUCCCUCAGCCCCUCAUGGUCAACUGGUCCCUUUGAUGACUCAGUGGCAAGGGAAGUUCUGUGUAAAGCUGAAUGUCACAAACCCAGGAGCGGUAAGCUGGUUCCUGGACAGAGUGGGAUCCCUACAAGCACGUUUGGGAAUGGAGUACAUCUUCCUGGAAGGCGGUGAGAGGAACUUGUUUGAGGUGCAAGCCCUGCGGCCACCUGAGGCUCUGGAUGGGGACACAUACAUCAGCCUGCUGGCCGACUUGGCGUCCAGGAUCGGAGACUCCACCAUCAUGUCAGCGGGGACCAGGUCCAGUCAUAAGCCGGUAUUUCUGAGGAUGCCACCCCUUCAGUCUGACUGGGGUUUAAUGGGCCUGAAGGGCAUCAUUCCCUCCCUGCUGCACCACACUCUGCUGGGAUACAACUUCCUCAUUCCUGAUGCAGUAGGUGGCUCUCUAUCUGGGGACAUGGUCACAGAUGAAGAGUUGUUCAUCCGUUGGCUAGAGAUUGUUUCGUUCCUCCCUGUUAUCAACUUCCACACACCACCAUGGGUCUGCGGAGAGGACCGGGUGCUAAAUUUAACUCGGAUAUACAUAACAAAGCAUCAGAGGGAUGUGGUACCACUGAUAGAGAAGUAUGCAGAGGAGUGGCAGGCGACAGGAAGCCCCAUCUACCGGCCCAUGUGGUGGCUCAGUCCCGAUGACCCCAUAACCUUCACUAUCGAUGACCAGUUCCUCAUUGGAGACGAGGUUCUGGUGGCACCGGUGGUGGAGAAGGGAGCAGUGAGGAGGGACAUUUAUUUACCUGACGGGGGCUUCCAGUGGCAAGACAGCCAGAACGCUAAAGUGUUCGAUGGAGGGACGUUCCUACAGGACUACCCCGUGCCCUUGGAGGCGGUGGGUGUUUUCUUACGGCGAAGAUGAGUGUCUCCAAAACUUGCACUUUUCCACAAAAAGACCAUUACCCCUCAUGGCUUUGUCUUGAGUCUUCUCAUGUAGAAAGAUAUAUUUUUUACUUGCACUUUACUGUAUAAUUACUUUCUUUUCUUUUGUCACUAUUUUUCUUACUUUUUUUAAACAAUGUUUUACCUCUUGGCUGAUUUUGAAAUAUCUGGACUGGACUUUUGUUGGUGUUGUUUUGCAUUUUUGUAUGUAAUCUGUGCAUUUACAUACCUUUUUUUUUGCGUUUCUACAAGUCUUUAAAAAGUUAUUCGCUGCUGCUGCUGCUGUGUCUGUUAAUAAGGACGAGCCCACUGUUACUUAAAAUGAAUAUCAAUCUCUCAAAAAGACCAAAUGGAAAUGAAACGGUGUCGAAAGGGGCUUUAUUGAGGGAAAUUUAGCUCCAUACGGAGACACGCUUUGGGUACCUUGUUCACACAUUAAAAAAUAUGGCUUCUACUUGAACUUAUUAGGCCAGAGGGCUGAUGUUUUUAUGAAUGUACCUCAUAAAAAAUGGCACUGCGGUCCAUCAGUUCACAAGAUAUACAGGAAGUUCUUUUAAACAAUAGACGUAUAAACUGAUUUUUCCAUUAUCACCCCUUAGCACUUAUUCAACUUAAUUUUAUCAGCGUGCCACCUUUGUUGACAUGUGAAUGUCCCGUAGUACUGUAGGCCACGUGAUGCCACUGAUACUUUUGAAUAUAUCUGCUUGGUUUUUACCUUGUUAUAAUAACCUGCUGUAGCGAGGGCUUCUUGUAGUCGUCUCCUGAUGUUGUGAUUUCCUGCUUCAACUUAAAUCCUCUCUUACCGCUUACCGAUUCUGAAAAAGACCACAUAUUGAAUGUCAAUUUUCUUCAUUAACUUCGAGAACUGAAACAGGGGAAACACAGUCUUAUAAAUAUUAUAUACAGUACAUGCAAAAAAAAAAAGUACACAAGAGCUAGAACCAAAUAUUCUGCUAUUAUAAUAAUACUGAUUUUUAUGAUGUUUACAUGAUUUGUGCUCUGGUUUGCAGUGGUUUAGAACUACACUAAGAUCCCUGUAAGGUACUCACCACUAUUGAAUGAUCAUGGAAGGUGCACCUCAAACUGACUUUUGCGUUUUACAGCACUGUGGUGCAUUCAAGGACCCCCGAAAAAGGUGUCAAAUGUCAAUGUUUGAUGAAAAAAUAUGCAAAAUGUCAAAUGCCAAAUAUGAACUCACGGUUCUGAUGAUACUCAAUCCAAAUUUUGGUCCAGGAAUCAGAUCAUUUUUGGGUCAUGAAUGUUGGGGGAUCCACUGUCCACUGCUUCCUUCCGGCAUACCAUAAUUCUCCUCUACGUGAAUUACUGUGGUCAUAGCAGGAUAGUAUUGCAUUAUAAUUGUAUACUACAUAAAUGGAUGUAAAUUGUAAUUAUCAACACUGUUUUCUAUCAUGCUGUCCAUCAUGCAGUCAUGUAGUUUCAUCAAGUGUGCACUGCUCUAUAUUAGAAUGUACUUUUACCGACACUGAUGUAUUGAACUACCCUUGAAAUCAUAUCCAUUGAUAUUGACACCGGGACUUAAUACUUAAUGGCUAUGAUGUAAAUGAUUAUGAUAACUGAGACUCUUGUUUAAUUCAAUUGCAAUUCAAUUCAAAUUAACCAUUUGCACAAUGCCUGAUAUAUAUUUUAUGGAUACUAUUCUUAUGGAUUUUGUUGAAAUUAUUAUUAUUUUUCCUUUAGUUUAUCAACGGUGAUGAUACAGACGGAGUGAAUGCUUUACAUUUUCUGCAAGUAACGUUUACUGUAUCGACGCUCAGGUCUGCUGAGGCUUAUCCAAUCACCAAAUGUCUUAGUACAACACAUUGAUGUCUUAACCUCUCCUAAUGCUGAAUGUACAAAAGGACAAACUGUGAUUUCCCGACCCCGAGCCAUUCACCUGAGGAGCUUUAAUAGUUCCCACGCUAAUGCAGACAUGCUGCGGUAUGUUCAAUUGCAGGAAAUUGCUUUGUUAAUUGUUCUAGAGACUGAUCAGACGAUGCCGCGUGUGGUGUAAUUUAAUCUGGACAACACGAGUGCCUGCAUUAUUGCAGUAUCAGCAAUGUAUAUAUUACGAUGACUGUGCCAUUAUUAUUGUUUUUUCCUCUCUCUUCUGUAAAUCAGAGAACCUAGAAUGACUAAUUUGCAAAUAAAGUUUACA